AUUGAUUGAUUGCAAUUUUUAUUAGUAGAUUGCACAGUACAGUACAUAUUCCGUACAAUUGACCACUAAAUGGUAACACCCGAAUAAGUUUUUCAACUUGUUUAAGUCGGGGUCCACGUUCAGCAAUUCAUGAUCAUGGAGUUUCCCCAACAUUCCCAGCAGCUACUGUCCGCCCUACGGUCCCAGCGCCAGCGGGGCUUCCUGUGCGACUGCACCGUGCAGGUGGGCUCCUGCCGUUUCCUGGCUCACCGGGCCAUUUUGGCCUCCUGCUCGCCUUUCUUCCACAUGUUCUACUGUGAUUCUCUGAGUGGCAACGCUGCGUCCAGCAGCUCUGUCACUCUUGACGCUGACAUCGUCUCGGCGGCCGCCUUCAGCCUCCUGCUGGACUUUGUUUACGAAGGCGUGCUGCAGCUGGAGAAGUCGCCGCCCGUGGAGGACGUGUUGGCGGCGGCAAGCUUCCUGCACAUGAACGAGGUGGUGAAAGUGUGCAAAAGGAUACUGCAGAGACAAAGGCCUUUGACGGAGGCAGAUAGCACUCGCCCUGAGGAGAGCGGGACUAAAGCAACAGAGUUCAGGAGACAUGAUCGGGGUGAUGUCAGCACUGAGAUUGUGCUGACCAUGGCGGAAGAUCACUUAAAUCCUGUCGCUACGGAAGCGGACCUCACGUCGAUAUCUGCAAUGGCAGGAAGUAGUUGGUUGAAGUCCGAGCACAGGACUGAUGCCGGUUCAUCCGAAGCAAGAGUCCACACUCCCUUGAGUCCGGAUCUCGCUGACACCACCCAACCAGGCAUGGAAGCCACUUUUCAGCCGUCCAAUGGACAGCAGGAGGGCCUUGCUGCCGGACGGUCUAGGCUCGGGUCAGAGGGAACCAUCGGGUUGGGGGCCGGUCAUCCAAGCGAGGGCUUAGCUCUCUGCAGCCCAUGCAGCACCACUGAAACAUACAGUCACACCCAGCAGCCGUCUUCGUCUUCACUGGUCUCAGACGUACAGUCGCUGGCUCUUCCCCAAACACAACCUCCGGAGUGUGAUCGCCGGUGUGCGACGGGGCAAGGACCCCACGUGGUCGUGGCGGCCCACGCUCCAGCUCGACCCUCACGUACACAAAAUGAGCCGCCACAUCCCCGCAUCCAAAUCCAGAGUUCCCUCUCAGCCCAGCAGGGAAGGGCGAACUCCCGCACUGUCACUCCCAACAGUCCUCAAGGAAGAGCUCACCCCAAUGAUGGUGAGAACAUGACGGUCAAAGUGGAGGCCAUUGUUAUUUCUGACGAAGAGGAGGAAAAGGAUAUUUGUCUGCAGAGUGAGCCAGUGAUGGAUGAGGACUCUGACGAUGACCUCCAGGAUGAGGAGUUGAACCGACUCUCCUCCCGCCACAUCUCCUCCGACUACACUUUCGCCCUUUCCCCUUCUUCCUCCUCCUGCUCCGGGGCCGGCCCUUCCUCCUUCCCUCCCCCGUCCACGGCCCGGCCCCACCCGGACCACGCGACCUUUGGGACGGUCUUCCAGGACACCACGGCGGAGGACGUCCCCACGUGCUGCGUCUGCGGCAAGACCUUCUCGUGCACGUACACGCUGCGCCGCCACGCCAUCGUGCACACCAGGGAGCGCCCCUUCGAGUGCCGCUACUGCUACCGCAGCUACACGCAGUCCGGCGACCUCUACCGACACAUCCGCAAGGCCCACGACCAGACGCUGCCGGCCAAACGCAGCAAAGCUGACGUGGAGAACACGCUGUUGCCACAAGCUCCGCCUCUCAGCCAACAUACAGAAACACACUCCCUCAACCAAAAUACAGCAUUUUAACUUCAUUUUUCAAGGUACACACUCACUGGCCACAACCCUAAGUAAUCACAAUGACAUCCACUUUUGAGGAGGUUCCUUACUGGGGUACCUAAUGAGGUGUCGUGUAUACCUACACUGUAAAAAAAAAAAAUCUGUAAAAAAACGGUCAUCUACUGGCAGCUACGGCUGCCAAACGAAAACCAUAAAAUUAAAGUAAAACAUUGUAAACCAAAUAAUGAUCAAAAACAUUAUAUUUACAGAAAUUUUCAUGACACGUUUUGCGUAAAAAUAUUGUAAUUUUACAGAUUUUUACUAAAUUAUUAAGAUCAACCGCCUUUAAUAAAGUGACGAUGCAAACAGUUCUGCAGAAAAAUACAUUUAUUCUACAGCAGUGUUUUUCAACCACUGUGCCGCGGCACACUAGUGUGCCGUGAGAUACAGUUUGGUGUGCCGUGGGAGAUCAUUUCACCUAUUUGGGUUAAAAAUAUUUUUUGCAAUCCAGUUAUUAUAGUCUGCAAAUUAUGUGUUGUUGUUGAGUGUCGGUGUUGUCUAGAGCUCGGCAGAGUAACCGUGUAAUACUCUUCCAUAUCAGCCGGAGGCAGUGUGCAGGUAAAAAGUUAUCUAAUGCUUAAACCAAAAAUAAACAAAAGGUGAGUGCCCCUAAGAAAAGGCAGUGAAACUUAGGGAAGGCUAUGCAGAACGAAACUGGCUACAAAGUCAACAAAAACAGAAUGCUGGACGACGGCAAAGACUUACUGUGGAGCAAAGACGGCGUCCACAAUGUACAUCCGAACAUGACAUGACAAUCAACAAUGUCCACACAAAGAAGGAUAAAAACAACUGAAAUAUUCUUGAUCGCUAAAACAAAGUAGAUGCGGGAAAUAUCGCUCAAAGGAAGACAUGAAACUGCUGCAGGAAAAUACCAAAAAAAGAGAAAAAGCCACCAAAAUAGGAGCGCAAGACAAGAACUAAAACACUACACACAGGAAAACAGCAAAAAAGUCAAAAUAAGUCUAGGGGGUGAUGUGACAGGUGGUGACAGUACACCUACUUUGAGACAAGAGCUACAUUGAUGCAUGCUUGGUUAUGGUUUGAAUUCAUAUCCAACAAUUGCGACAACGACUUUUUACUGUCAACUGAGUUUCGUUUUUUUAUGAUUUCUGCUGGUGGUGUGCCUCCGCAUUUUUUCAACGCAAAAAAAUGUGCCUUGGCUCAAAAAAGGUUGAAAAACACUGUUCUACAGAGUUUUUCCAAAUUAUUACGAUCAAACAUUUUUAAUGAAGUGACAAUGCUGGCAGUUCCACAGAAAAAUACCAUUAUUUUACAGAUUUUUUCUGAAUUGUUAAGAUCAACCACCUUUAAUAAAGUGACGAUGCAAACAGUUCUGCAGAAAAAUACCUUUAUUCUACAGCAUGGGUGUCAAACUCUGGCCCGCGGGCCAAAUUUGGCCCUUGAAGCGAUAUCAAAUUAACACUACAGCUGGCCCGCCAUCGCAUUCACCACUAAUUCUAAUACUUGCCAACCCUCCCGGGAGUCUUCCAAACGCCAGCCAGCCAGCCAGCAAAACAGAAAAUGCUAGCCAGUGAAACAGAAAAUGCUAUGUAUAAUUAAUUUGGUAUUUUUCUGUAAAAAAAAUAGAAAUAUACAUAGUUUGUCAUUACUGGCAUAUUACUUAAAAUAACAGGCGGAUUGUUUAAUUACAGAUAAUGUCUUAAAUUCUACAGUUUUAUAAACUAUUUUUAAAAAAAUAGAAAAAUUACAGUAGAAAUUUAGAGUAAAUUAACCAUAAAAAUAGGAUUUUUUUUUACAGUGUACACUACACACCUGAUGGGAUUAAAUGUGUCAUUUUAGUAUUUUUAUAACGUGGCCUGAAAAUGUAAUCCCUUCUCAACAAUUGGCUUUGAGGCCCAUCAUUAAAUACACACUUUUUAGCACCAUAUAUUUAGCACCAGGACCCUGAAGAUGUAUGCUUUUGCUUUUACGGUUUGUAAACAGUGGCGGUCAACAGUGUACAUACACUUGUAAAGAACAUCAUGUCAUGGCUGUCUUGAGUUUCCAAUCAUUUCUACAACUCUUAUUUUUUUGUGAUAGAGUGAUUGGAGCACAUACUUGUUGGUCACGGGGUGUAUAUUGUAGCGUCCCGGAAGAGUUAGUGCUGCAAGGGGUUCUGGGUAUUUGUUCUGUUGUGUUACGGUGCGGAUGUUCUCCCGAAAUGUGUUUGUCAUUCUUGUUUGGUGUGGGUUCACAGUGUGGCGCAUAUUAGUAACAGUUUUAAAGUUGUUUAUACGGCCACCCUCAGUGUUACCUGUAUGUCUGUUGACUAAGUAUGCCUGGAUUCCCUUGUGUGUGAAAAGCCGUAGAUAUUAUGUGCCUUUAAAGGCCUACUGAAAUGAAUUUUUUUUAUUUAAACGGGGUUAGCAGAUCUAUUCUAUGUGUCAUACUUGAUCAUUUCGCGAUAUUGCCAUAUUUU